AUGGUGUUUCAGAGCCUCGUGGCUAUGGUGCGGGGAGGGGGCCGCCGCGUGCCGACAACGGGGUACAGGGUGCUCAAUUCGAAGCGGGGAGGUCGCUCGCUCGUCAAGGGCCGCGGAACUCGCCCGACAGGCUACGUGGACAAGUGGGCGAACUUCCGCUCGUUGGAGCGCAAGCAGCCGGACAUCAUCGUGCCGGACCUCGCGGGCUUCCCUCUCAAGCCCUACGUGGCCUACGCGGUGGACCGCACGGAGCUGACCGAGGCCGGCGUGCCGAAGGAGUCGAUAUUCGACAAGCUGAAGAAGAAGCUCACGUGA